GGUGAAGACCCUGCUGGAGAAAUACACGGCGGAGCCCAUCGACGACUCCUCCGAGGAGUUCGUCAACUUCGCCGCCAUCCUCGAGCAGAUCCUCAGCCACCGCUUUAAAGGCCCCGUCAGCUGGUUCAGCUCGGAUGGGCAGCGCGGCUUCUGGGACUACAUCCGGCUGGCCUGCAGCAAGGUCCCCAACAACUGCGUCAGCAGCAUCGAGAACAUGGAGAACAUCAGCACCUCCAGGGCCAAGGGCCGGGCAUGGAUCCGCGUGGCACUGAUGGAGAAGCGCAUGUCCGAGUACAUCUCCACUGCCCUGCGCGACACGCGGACCACCAGGCGCUUUUACGACGACGGGGCCAUCAUGCUGCGGGAGGAGUCCACGGUGCUCACCGGGAUGCUCAUCGGGCUCGGCGCCAUCGACUUCAGCUUCUGCCUGAAAGGCGAAGUGAUGGAUGGCAAAACGCCGGUGGUCAUCGACUACACGCCCUACCUGAAGUUCACGCAGAGCUAUGACUACCUGAGCGAGGAAGAGGAGCGGGGCAGCGUGGAGAGCAGCACGAGCGAGGACAGCUCCCCCGACCACCCCUACCUGCCGCUGGUCACCGACGAGGACAGCUGGUACAACAAGUGGCGCAAGAUGGAGCAGAAAUUUCGCAUCGUUUACGCCCAAAAGGGGUACCUGGAGGAGCUGGUGCGGCUGCGGGAGUCGCAGCUGAAGGACCUGGAGGCGGAGAACAAGCGGCUGAAGCUGCGGCUGGAGGAGGUGAUGGUGCAGAACCAGCUGGAGAAGAGGGAGCUGGAGGGCGUCAUCCUGGAGCUUCAGGAGCAGCUGACGGGGCUGAUCCCCUGCGAGAACCCGCAGCUGGCGCAGCUCUCCAAGGAGAUGGUGACGCCCCUGGUCAACCAAUGGCCCUCACUGGGGACGCUCAACGGCAACGAGAGCGGCUCGGACGGCAAGCUCUACAGGAGGCACAGCUUCGUGAGCACCGACCAGCUCUCGGCCGAGAACAGCCUCAGCUCCGACUCCCAGCGCCUGGGCGAGGGCAAGCGCGAAGGCGAGCCCUGGGGCCCCUUGGGGAAGGACCCCACGCCCUCCAUGCUGGGGCUCUGCGGCUCCCUGGCCUCCCUGCCCAGCUGCAAGUCCCUGGCCAGCCUCAAGUCCAACGAGUGCCUGGUGAGCGACAGCAACGAAGCCAGCCCGACCCGCAGCCCCAGCUGAGACCCCCGGCCCCCUCGCCCAGCGCCGCCGCCGAGGACUGACCUCGUCCCCCUCCACCCUGGGACCGACCGACGGAGGACGGAGGGACUCGCCCAACCCAUCGGGGAGGCCGGGGACGGCGUCCUCCCCCCCUUCUCUGCACCCCACCCCGGCUGCGCGUUGGACCCCAAGCCUGGUCCCCGGCUGGAGACGUGGACCCGUUGGGAUGGGGAUGCUGGAACGGGACCAGGCUGUGUCUGUGUCUCCCCCCCCGCCCUUUCCCCCGUCCAUCCAAGCUGGGGAGGAGGUGAUGAACUGCGGGGACACCAGGGUUGUGCUGCAGGGUGCAGGAGGGGGGCUUGGGGUGAACCCCCCUGCAGGGGUGAGGGGCCGGGCACAGCCCCGUUGCCAUCCCAAGGGCUCGGGGCGCAGCUCUUCCAGCCGGGCUUCGUCCGGCAGCCCCCCGCCUCAGCACCCAUGGGACCACCCGUCCCUCCUUGCAGCCGCAUCCCCACAACAGCGAUCGGACCCCUCCCUCCUUCCCUCCCCAUUCCCCCCGGGUUUUGGGGUGUUUUCGGGUUUUGGUUCAGCCCCAGCUUGCCUU